AUGCCACCUUUUGCAGGUUCUCAACCAGUUGGGUUGUCCAAGCCAGAUUCCAACAUAGUUUCCAUCGACGUGGGAGGGCAAGUGUUCCAAACCACGAAACAGACACUAACCUCGGCGGGACCGAAAUCUUUCUUCUCGAGAAUAGCGGAAUCUUCUGGAAUCUACACGCCGUUCAUAGACAGAGACCCAGAACUGUUCUCGCUCCUCCUCUCUCUCCUCCGCACCGGAAACCUUCCCUCAAAGGCCAAAGCUUUCGAUCUCCACGACCUGAUUAUCGAGUCAAAAUUCUACGGCAUCGAGACCCUCCUCAUCAAUUCCCUCUCCAGCCCUUCCCAAUUGGAACCCUUCAACCUCCAAAAAUCCCUCCUUUUGCCCCUCAACGGCCGUGACUCUCCCUCCGCCCUCGCCGCCACAACCUGCGGUGCCCUCCACGUCGCGCACGGCAGCAAGAUCACCUCCUUCGACUGGUCCCUCCGCCGCAAGGCCACCGUCCUCACCUACUUCACCGCCGUCGACUCCCUUCUCGCACUCUCGCCGGCGCUCGUGGCCGCCGGCGCCAACGACUUCUCCGGCCUCCAGAUCCUGGACCUUGGUAGCGGCCGCGUCAGGGAAACCCUAAACUGGGAAAACGUCACCAAAUCCGGGUCCACCGUCCAAGCCAUCGGAGCCUCCCCUGAAAACAUGUUCGUCAGCUUCGAAUCGUCGCGCCGAAACUCCAAUUCCAUUAUGGUUUACGAUUUGCACACCCUAGCCCCCGUCACCGAGAUCGGUCACAACGAAAUCUUCGGUGCAGACAUCGAUUCAGCAAUUCCGGCGACGAAGUUGCAAUGGAUUGAGAGUUGCAAUUUGUUGAUGGCCUCUGGGUCCCACAGUGGGCCCUCCGGCGUUUCCGGCAACAUUCGUUUGUGGGAUGUUCGUUCCGGCAGCGUCGUCUGGGAGAUUUCGGAGAAGGUGGAUUGUUUCGCUGACGUGGCGGUUUGUGAUGGGUUGUCGGCUAUUUUUAAGGUUGGGGUGAAUUCGGGUGAAGCCUCGUACGUUGACUUGAGGAAUUUGAACGAGGAGAGCGCGUGGGUUUGUCUUGGGGAUAAAAGAAAGGCAAUGAACAAUAAUGGGAAAAAGGAAGGGUUUGGGUGCAAGAUCGAAACGCAGGGGAAUCAAGUGUUUUGCACGAAGGGUGGUGACGUGGAAUUGUGGUCUGAGGUUCUCAUGGGUUCUGGGAACAGUGGGAGGAUCUUCAAGAAGAACUUGAUGGGUAGAAUGAGGGACAUGGGUGGGGCAAAGAUUACCAAUUUGGCCUUUGGAGGAAGCACCAUGUUCUUGACCAGGAAGGAUCAGCAAUGUGUUGAGGUCUGGCAGAGUUCUUCAAAGGAAUUUUGA